AUGAAGGUAAUUAGAGACUUUGUAAGCGUACUUCACUCCUUCAGCUACGACGCGGCGCGCAGGUCAAACCUGCAGCUGCUGGACGACACAACUCUGAUCUUCAUCGCAGGAAACCUCCUCGUCCUCCUCGACAUUUCCACCAAGGAGCAGAGAUACCUGCGCUCCUGCAGCGGAGGAGGAAUCGGCUCCAUCACGACACACCCAAGCAAACAGUACUUUGUCGCAGCAGAGAAGGGAAACCAGCCCAACAUCAUCGUAUAUGAGUAUCCCUCGUUACGACCGCACCGCAUCCUCAGAGGCGGCACCGAGCGGGCGUACAGCUUCGUGGACUUUAACCACGACGGCAGCCUGCUGGCCAGCGUGGGCAGCGCGCCCGACUACAUGCUGACGCUGUGGAACUGGAGGCAGGAGGAGGUGAUGCUGAGCUGCAAGGCCAUUUCUCAGGAGGUCUACAGAGUCAGCUUCUCCCCGUACAACCCAGGACUGCUCACAUCGUCGGGAUCUGGACACAUCAAGUUCUGGAAAAUGGCGAGCACCUUCACAGGUCUUAAAUUGCAGGGGCUCAUGGGGCAUUUUGGGAAAAUGGCAGCGACUGAUAUCGAGGGCUACGUGGAGCUUCCUGAUGGAAAGGUCUGUGGUGUCCGGCACACCAACUUGCUGCUGUGGGAUGGAAACGCCAUUAAAGUGGAGAUUUGCCGUAAGGAGGGUCGGACCUGCCACGCCGGGAUGGUUCAGCCGUUCGCUCUCGAGGAUGGACAGCUGAUGACGAUUGGCUCUGACGGCCUCCUGCAGGGCUGGGACUUUGAGAGCAUCGACGCCGGCAGCAACAGCGAGAGCAGCAGGUUUGAGAUGGAGCCCAUGAACGAGAUGGUGGUCGGACACAACGUCUGCCUCUCGUCUGUGACCAGGAGCUCCCUGCCCGACUCCUUCAUCUGGUUCGCUCAGGAUUCCAGUGGAGCCAUCUGGAAACUGGAUCUGUCGUUCACCUACACGACUCCGGAUCCUGAGUGCCUGUUUUCCUUCCAUUCCGGUCCGAUCCAGGGCCUGGACGUGUCCAAGAAAUCCUACCUGAUGGCCACGACCGCUCUGGACCGCUCAGUCAAAGUCUUUGACUUCUUGGCCAAACGAGAACUGACCACCAGCCGCUUCAACCAGGGUGGGACUGCUCUCAGCUGGGCUCCACCUCUGGUGAACCAGAGCGGAGGUUUACUGGUGACGGGCUUUGAGGACGGUGUGGUCCUGCUGGAGCUGUACGACCCUCAGAGGCUGCACGUGGUCGCCGGCGCAGCCAAAGGAGACGCCAAGCUGCGCCUCAAACAAGCCUUCAAGCCCCAUAAUGCACCUGUAACUGCUGUGGCGUAUGAGAGAAAUGGAGACAUCUUAGCCACGGGGCUCAGACUGCACAGUGUUCUUCUUCACCGUCCGGCCGAAAAAUACAACCCCAUCGGCUUCGUCCAAGUUCCCGGGGCCGUGCAGGGGCCUGGAGUGGUCACCCUCAUUCCCACGGUGAAAAACAGGCUGCUCAUCCUGUGUCAGAGCGGUCACGUGGUCGAGGUGCACAGUCCUGAUCCGGACGCCCAGAAAGCCGACCAAAACCUUCAAGCUGCCCGAAGCUGCCCCGGCAGAUCCUUCAGAGAGAGGAGGAGAUCGCGAGACGUCAAGCCGCAAAGGAGAAGAAGAGGAAGGAGAGAGAGGAAGAGGCUGAAAGAGUCGAAGCAGCCAGAGGAGCAAGAGGAAGAGGAGGAGGAAGAAGAGGAGUUACCACCUAUCUACAUCCCCGACCCUCCGAGUCCUCUCUACUGUGGCUUCUACUCACAGCCCGGACAGUUCUGGCUCUCAAUGGGAGGCUUUGACUCAGGUUUCCUGUACCACUGUAAGUUCUCUGAGAAUCAGGAUGAGGAUCCAGACGAACGACAGGAUGAGCCCUUUGACUUCCUGCCCGUUCACAACACAGAUGACGACCCCAUUCGCUCCGUCACCUUCAGCUCCGACAGGCAGCUGUUGCUCUGCGGCAUGCACUCAGGGUCCGUCAGGGUUUACCUGCUGCAGCCCGCUGACCACAGCCUCACCUCCAUGCAGGCCUACUGGGCUCUGAGCGUCCACGACAACCAGUACGGACACCUGCGGCACAUCCGCUGCAGCCACGACGACCACUUUGUGCUGACGGCCGGAGACGACGGGAACAUCUUCUCCUUCAGCCUGCUCCCUCCAGAGGAGUGCAGAAAAAGCCUGCAGAGGAGGAGGGCCAAGGUUCCCUCGCCCAGGGUGGGUCUUGAAAAUGAGGUGUUGGCCCAGGACAUUGAAGACCCAGCAGCUUACAGCAUAGAAACGGCUAAACAGAAGCUAGAGAAGGACCGACUGCGUCGAGAGGCCGAGCUGAAGAUCACAGGGAAGCGGAAGAAGCUGGCUGAGCUCCAGAAGAAGUUUAAAGAGCUGCUGAACCACAACCAGAGUCUGCCGGAGCACGAGCUGCAGCUGGAUCGGCGUUUCCAUGAACAGGCAGAGCGGGUGAAGUCCCAGUGGGUGAUGGAGGUCAGGAAGCAGCUGGGCUGGGAGGAGGAGCGCUCCUGCGUAGGACUCAGCAAACUACAGGACUGGUUCAGGGACUCUCUGGAGGCCAACAUGGUCACCGUGGUCGCCAUCCGCACCGACCACAGACUCUCCACCUACCGUUUGCCGACGCUCGCCAAACCGUCAGCGGAUCUCCGACGUCAGAGCACCUCCAGCCGACCGGACAGAGACAGAGACGCCGCUCCGGAGCGCAGGAAUCCAGAGCCGAGCCGGAGGGAGGUGCUGCGCCCUAAGGUGGCUCGUCCAGCAGCGGUUAAACUGGGAGAUCGGCAGAUGGAGAGGCUCCGAAAGGCGGCGGAGAAAGCUGAACAAGCUCGAGCCAAAAUAGAGAAGAGGAAGCAGGAAUGGGCCCAACUUUACGCAGAGAAACCAGACCAGAACUGUGAGGAUCCGCGGGACGUGCAGGCCAUCCGUGAAGCCAAGGAGAACAUUGGAGACUUAAAGCUGAAGUCGGACAAAGACUUCACGGUGCCGAAGCACCUGAGGAUGAACGCUGAGAGGAAGAGAGCGGAGCUGAUUGGCCUGGAGGAGAACAUCCGGGAGAAGCAGACUGAGAUGAACAGACGUAUCGUGGCGUUGCGGGACUCCAAGGUUCGCCUGGUGUCUCAGCUGCAUGCUCAGGCUCAGCAGCUCCACAAGGUCCAGCAUGGUCUGGCGGUCCAUCUCCACCGGCCUCCACCCGCCCUGCCGACCGUACUACCAGAGGAAACUCCGGAGAGGAGGCUGCAGUACAGCCGGGCCACCCUGGAGAGAUACCGGGUCCUGAGGGAACAGAGUUUUAAGGGCGUGCAGCAGGAGGAGCAGGAGGGAAGCACACGGCUGCUGGAGCAGCUGGAGAAGGAGAUGAAGGAGGAGGAGGAGGAGAAAGAUGAUGAGGAGAGAGGAGAAGAAGAGACAUCAGUGGAGGAGGGAGUGGAGCUGAGUGAGCUGGAGGAGGAGCUGCUGAGGGAGGAGGAGAUCAGGCUGCUGCAUGAGCAGGACUCCCUGCUGGAGCAGAUGGACACUUCAGUGUGUCAGUUCGACGCAGAGCUGCUGCUGCUGCGUCACCAGAAGCUGCGUCUGGACUGGCAGCUGAAACUGGCCGACCUCCAUCAGCUGACGCUCUACCAGGAGCUGCUGCUCCUCAAGGAGUUCGAGAGGAGGGAGGACAGCCUGCAGGAGAAGCUCAACGGACGCAUCAAGGAGGAGAACAGCAUCACGUCCAAACUGGAGGAAUGCAGUGAACAGCUGGAGCUGAAGCAGAGAGACAUAGCCAAACUGCAGGAGAGAGAGAAAGCUCUGAUCACGGCCUUCCAGGCCUCGCUGGGCGAAAACAACAAGUGUGAAGAGUUUCUGACCAAAGUCUUCAAGAAGAAGAUCAAACGUGUCAAGAAGAAGGAGCAGACCGGAGAUGAAGAAGAAGAAGCAGACAGCGAUGAAGACUCGGAUGAAGACGACGACUGGGACGAUGAUGAUUUUGACAGCGGCUCAGAGGAAGGAGGAGCAGCUCUGGACGACAGCGUCUGUCCUCCGGGCUGCGACCCAGAGCUGUUUGAAAACACGCUGCAGCUUCGUGAGCGUCGCCUGGACCUGGAGGAACUGCUGGUGGAGGAGAAGAAGAGCGCCGAGGCUCUGAAGAAGGAGUGUGACACCCUCGCCAAGAAGGAAAAAACGGUGAAGAACAAUCGAAAAACAGUGGAAGACGACUUGGAGUUGGUCAACAGAGAGAAACAGCAGAAGAUGAACGAGCUGGAUGUGGUGGUUCCUCUCAGGCUGCACCAGAUCGAGUUUGUUGUUAACGACUCGGUGCCGUCCGAUCUGAGCCCGGCGUUGGUUCUGGACAGGACGGAGCUGGGCAGGCUGCAGGAGCGGAUCAAGCAGCUACAGGUGGAGAAGAACCAGCAGAGAGAUCUGUACUUUCAGGCCCGGCAGCAGCACGUCAAGCUCAUCCACGACCGCAAGGACAUGGACACAAAGAUCCAGGUGCUGGACAAGCAGUGCAACGAGCUGAUGUUGAUGAAGUACGGGAGGCUGGUGGACGUGGAGGCUCUGCAGACACUGUCGGGGAACAGGACGCUGGAGGAGCUCAAGCAGGAAAAACUCCAACGCGAGGCAGCGUACGCCAAGGAGAUCAAACAGUGGGAUGCAAAGGUCGAGGAGGCGCAUCAGGCUCUGAUGGAUGUGACCAAGUGUAACACAGAACGUCUCCUCAGUGUUACAAACCUCUUUGACCAGAAAAAGGAGCUGGACCAUAAACUCAACGCCAGGCAGAAGAAAAUGGGCAGACAGUUCCAGGAUUACAGGAGGCGUAUGGAUCAGGAGGAGAUCCGAAGGCUGCAGGCGCUGGUGAAAACACAGUCGCAGCAGGCCGAGGCCCUCAGGAGAGAGAUCGGCCUCCUCUCCCGUAAAGGAGGCCACGUCUUGCCCCCCAGCUAUGCCCCGCUGCCCCCACUCGCCCCCUUACCGACCCCUGCAGACCGUAAGCAAGGUCCAGCGCGUCCAUCCAAACUUCUUAAAGCACAAAACUCACCCAGCAGACAUGGAGCUAUUUAACAGAGGCCAGAAAUAACAUACAGGUGUUGUUCUGUUAGAGGACUUUGUUCACUCUUUUCUAUUAUUAUGCUUCUUAAAAUUAAAAGAUUAUCUCUGUUUGUUGACCAGUGCUUUUACUGGCCUUUUACUGGCCUUUGAAGUGUGAAACCUUUUGUCCCACAUAACCUUUCAUCUAGCAUCAUCGUCAGAAAAUUAUUUAUAUUUUAAAAUGGACCUUGACGACAAAAAGCGGCUGAAAGAAUAGGUCUGCUAAUUUGAUCUCUUUUCUUGAUUUUAGUUAAAUGUCUUAAGAAGCCAACUCUAGAACCAGGACCCUAAAUCAUAAAUAACUUCAGACGGAUCUAUCUACAUGUCCAUUUAACGUCACAUGAUCUUGAUGAAACUAAGGUGCUAAUUUUAGGCACUGAGUCACAGACAUUGCCCUUUUGUGAUGCUUACAGCUUUUAACUGUGAAAAACUUUAGAUCCAGAUCUGUCGCUCCCACCUUCAUCAUUCAGUCACUCAAACAGAAUUUCCUGGAUUGUAUUCCAGUAUCUCACUGGUGCCUGAAGCAACAUGCCCACAUCAAACCAGCAGCUUCUAUUAUUGGAACAUGGGCUGCGUUUGGUUUUGAUUCUCACUAAAGGAAAGAGGAAACUAAUUAAAAUAAUAGACCAUAUAAUCUUCCCUCUGCCCACACAGACACUGAACACGUACACCCAGUGAGAUCAGUGUUUUCAAAUGAAAAACUGGUUUGGGAUGAAGCGGAAGUUUAAAACCACUCCGUCAUCCCUAAGUCUUUUACCAGAAUUUAGUAACUGGAUAUCUGAAAUGGAACAAAGACAGUCAAUAAAGUAGUUUUUGUUUUUUU